CUGAGGCGCCAUAUUCAAUGGACAUGAUAUGGAUCUGUGUCUUCCGUCCCGCACACUGUUUCGAAAACCUUUCCUGAACUUCUCCUACCACUCCCAGUAGUAUAGCUCAACUGUAAAUGGUUGAUGCUUGUCCAUGGCUGAAAUCACACGUGCCCAGCGGCUACCACAUAGACACCAAGCGGUGUUCUUAGAUACAAAGGUACACGCCCAAGUUGCCAGUUGCACCGAAACACCACGAACAAAGCGGAUGUUCUCGAGUAGACGAGGCGUCAAAACCGAGGAGGUAGUGUACUUGCCGCGAAGGAAAGGGAGGAGGCACCAAGAUGACGAUAUGCCGUAAAUUACGCUUGAUCUCCCCAUCAGAAUAUUGUAUCUUUAGUUCCUCGAGAAUCGCGGAUAAGACUUUCCUCCGAGCCGAUCGAACAAUGCAUGCAACGAAUGGGAUGAAAGAAUUUCCGAUGGUCAGUCGU